CAUGGCUUCCCACUAUCUCCACAGCUCAUUCGCAAUUCCCGCUUUUGCUCAAGGAGAAAGAAAGUCGUGAGUCGCGAGCUUGUAGAGAUCUGAUUUAGUUUGGUUAAAAGAGGUGAAGAAAUUUGAAGAAAUGGAAAGAGGAGCAGCAGUGUUUGAGAGAGAUUUGAAUCUGAAGGAGACCGAGCUAAGAUUAGGAUUGCCUGGAGCGGAUGUGGUUGAGGAGCAUCAAUCGAAGAAUAACAAGAGGCCUUGCUGUGAGACAGAUGAUUCUCGCCUGAAGAAAGAAACUGAUAAGGAAUCCGGCGCUCCGGCUACAAAGGCACAAGUUGUCGGAUGGCCGCCGGUUCGAUCUCACCGGAAAAAUAUCCUUCAACAGCAGCAGAAAAAGCCGGAAUCCGACGGAUCUGGUUUGUUUGUAAAAGUGAGCAUGGAUGGAGCUCCAUACCUACGGAAGAUAGAUCUCAAGUUCUACAACAACUACUUCGAUCUACUCAAAGCGUUAGAACACAUGUUCAAGUGCACCAUAGGCGUGUACUCCGAGAGAGAAGGCUACAACGGAUCUGAAUACGCACCGACCUACGAAGACAAGGAUGGAGACUGGAUGCUCGUCGGAGAUGUUCCAUGGGAUAUGUUCAUUACUUCUUGCAAAAGGCUGAGGAUCAUGAAAGGAUCCGAAGCCAAAGGUCUCGGCUGUCCAUAGACAUGGCGGAACAAGGACCACCACCGCAGCUCCGGCCAUGGAAGCAGAGAAACCCUCGACGGCCUGCGCCGGCCGUCCACGAAGCACCUGAUCUGGAAUUCGACAAAUGAACGGCCAGAGAUCUACUCCCUCGAAGAAGGCAUAAAAAUUUACCACGGAAUUUCCGGCCGCCGGACGGCUGAUCGAAACGCCGGAAAAGAUUAAACCGCCGAUGGCAUCGCCGUCGCCUAUGUACAGAAGUUUAAUUUUCGUUUUCUUUUGUGUCAAUCGACUUUCGAGUAAUAUUUUUGCAACUGUAAUGUAUAUUUACAGGAGAAAUACCUCUGUGCAUACAAUAUAAAUACAUGUACUGUACUUAUUCA